CAAGGUUACUAGCUAUUUACGUAGCGUAUGGCUGCAUUUAAUUACAACAUUUACAAACAGGUUUUAGCUGCAGCGUAAGGGAGUUGUACUUGUACUUCCAGUAAUACAACUUUAACGACGUUUCUUGCAACGAAAAAAAGUGACUUCUACCGUUAGCUGGAACGCUAAAAACAGUUAGCAUACAAAGUCCAAUAGCCCAGAGACAGCAUGUAAAAAGGCAAAACAUGACUAGCGCUCAGAUUUAAAGGCGGAUUUUUGGUUGUUAUAGCCGUUAAUAUCUGAGUUUGAACUUUGUCUAACGGUUUGCCUGAGCUUGACACAGCUACGGACGGUCUCCGGCAUGUUUCCGUUAGACUCGCCAUGGAACAUCUCGUUCGCAGGCUGCGGCUUUCUCGGUAUAUACCACGUCGGUGUCGCCAGCUGUCUGCUAGAGCAAGCGCCUUUUCUGGUGCAAAAUGCCAGGCACAUCUAUGGGGCAUCAGCUGGAGCUCUCACUGCCACUGCUCUGGUCACUGGAGUGUGUCUGGGAGAAGCUGGUGCAAGUAUCAUUGAUGUUGCCAAAGAGGCGAGAAAACGAUUCCUCGGACCCAUGCAUCCUUCCUUUAACCUUGUGAAGAUUGUGCGACACAUGCUGCAACGCACUCUGCCAGCUGACUGCCACCAUCGAGCCAACGGGCGGUUAGGAAUCUCUCUUACCCGAGUGACUGACGGAGAAAAUGUCCUGGUGUUGGACUACAACAACAAAGAGGAGCUGGUGCAGGCAUGUGUCUGCAGUGCCUACAUCCCAGUGUACUGUGGCCUCAUCCCUCCCACACUGCAAGGAGUGCGAUAUGUAGACGGAGGAAUCUCAGACAACCUGCCUCAGUAUGUGCUAAAAAACACCAUCACUGUGUCCCCGUUCUCCGGAGAGAGCGACAUCUGCCCCAAAGACACCUCCACCAACAUCCAUGAGCUACGAUUCACCAACACAAGCAUCCAGUUCACUCUCCCUAAUCUCUACAGAGUCUCCAGGGCACUUUUCCCUCCUGACCCAAUGGUUAUGAAGGCCAUGUGUAAACAGGGAUACAAAGAUGCGCUGCACUUUUUGAAAAGGAAUGGAUUGCUUAAUUUCAAUGGACCUCUCAGAGACAGACCCCUGCUGGCUAAUGGCGAAGAAAACGAGGAUUAUAAUGACCAUGUUGAGGAAGAGAAGGGGGACAAUAAAAGUGAUGAAGAGGAGGAAAAGCCACAUGUGGAUGAGGAAGCAGUCAUGGCUCAGUGCUGUUCCUCAACAGAGGCGCAUAUCAUUGAACACCUUCCACCCAUCCUGCACAAAGCUCUAGUUGAGGCCUGCAUGGAGAGGAGGAGCCUGAAGCGGUCGCUAAGCAACCUGCUUCCUGUCAGGCUGGCCUCAGCCAUGAUGCUCCCGUACACGCUCCCUCUGGAAUCCGCUAUGUCCUUGACUCUCAGACUCCUGGAGUGGCUGCCAGAUGUGCAAGAAGAUGUGGGAUGGAUUCGAGAGCAGAUAUUAAAAAUCCUUCAGCAUGUUCUUCACCAGGCCUCCAAAAGCAUUUCCCAGCAUAUGUCUGCAAGGUUUUCCUGGCAGCUGGAGCUGCACCACUACCAGUUGCUCCAAUCCCAAAUCAGCUCCACUAACCUGUUUCCCAACUGGGUGAAUGGGAGCAGCUCUUCAGUCUUAGACGCCUUCAUGCGUCUCGACCAGUACAAGAGGCAGCUGCUGUCCGGAGUGCUGUGCAUCAACAUGGACCUGCAGGGCUCCAUCCAAACUGGACCAAUGACAGCAGAUAAGAGCCCUUCCUCCGUCCUGUCCUCUGAGGGCCUCACAAUGGACAGAGGUUGUGCUGAUAUUCAACCUGCUGUUCACUCUGAGGAGACGGUUGGCAGCUCCUAAAAUGCUGCGGCACUGAGGCUCAGAAGUAUUGAUUCUAGAUCCAGGGACAUUUGAAAGGAAUUUAAAUUAGAUUUGAACAUGUUUACACCCUCACAUUUGGAUAUUUUUAAGAUAUCAAAGACAUUUGUAAUCUAUAUCCUUUGUACAGUUGUUGGAAAUGGUAAUAAUUUACCAUAAUUGCACUUAUUGUGUAUGAGAUGUGUUCAUGACUCUGAAUUAAGUCUUUAGUUACAGUACAAUCAGGCAAACCUAUAGACACAGUGUGUCUGUUGUGUCUGCAGAAGUGCAUUUAAACUUGUGCUCAAACAUGAAUGAACUUGAAUUACAGGAUGUUACAAAGAAAAAUGCACACUUGAAAUAGCAUUGUUAAAAUAGGCGAGUGUGUUUUAAGUGGAAUGUAGUCAGACCAGUAGUUAAACACAGUGUUCCUCCUGCAUCCUGUCAUGAGCUCCAAGUCGCUUCUGACCAACAGUGGGUGCACCAAUCUGUUUGUUACACAUAGUUACUCCAUUUAUUUGAUGCAAGUUUCAAUGCAGAAAAAAAGACAUUGUCUUUGGUUUGUAUGAAUGUCAAUGUUUUAUGUCUUUACAAUUAUUUAUAUGAAAAUUACAUAUUGCUGUUUUCACAAUCAUAGAAACUCGAUUUUACUUGAUUUUAUUUGAAUUUUGCCUAAAAAUCUUUUAAUGUUACAAAACAAAUUGUAUAUUUUAAUUCACGCAAAGUAAAUCAGUACUUUUUUUUUAAUUAAUCAAAGAAUCUGUUUAAUCUGAAUUGCACUUUCUCAUUUAAUGUCACCUGUUUGAAUGCUUUUCUUGUACUGUGUACUACAAGAACUGUUGUGCCUUGAACUUCAAUUAAAUAAUUGCCAAGUAAAUGAGACAUUAUUGACAAAAUGUUGCAGGGAAUGAUACUUAUGUUAUCUUUAAAUAAACUGUUACUGUUUAACAUUAA